AUGCAGUCUGAAGUGAAUUUUUUGGGAAGGCUUUCGCAUCCCAACCUCGUCAAACUCUUGGGUUAUUGCUGGGAGGAUAAGGAACUUCUCCUUGUGUACGAGUUCAUGGCAAAGGGGAGCCUAGAACAUCACCUCUUCAGAAGAGCGGCAGCUUGCCAGCCACUCUCAUGGAGCCUGAGGCUGAAGAUAGCGAUAGGUGCAGCUCGUGGCCUUGCAUUCUUACAUGCAUCAGAGACAAAAAUCAUCUACAGAGAUUUCAAGUCUUCCAACAUUCUUCUUGACUCGAACUACAACGCAAAACUCUCCGAUUUCGGGCUGGCAAAGAAUGGACCAAGCGAUGGAGACUCCCAUGUCACCACGCGAGUCAUGGGAACGCGGGGUUAUGCAGCUCCGGAGUACAUCGCUACCGGCCAUCUCUAUGUGAAGAGUGAUGUAUAUGGAUUUGGAGUGGUGCUGCUAGAAAUGCUGUCUGGCCAGCGGGCGCUCGAUCCGAAUCGACCAAGUGGGAAGCAAAACUUGGUAGACUGGGCUAAACCAUUCCUAGCAGACAGGAGAAAGCUUGCAAGCUUGAUGGAUCCACGGCUCGAGGGGCGGUAUCGAUCUAAAGGCGCUCUUCAGGCAGCGCAACUCACUCUAAGGUGUCUUGCUGGUGAUCCUAAACGCCGUCCAUCUAUGGAGGAAGUUGUGCAGACCCUUGAGCAUAUUGAAGCCUUGAAAAACAGAUCAAAAGAGUCCAAAGAUGUGGCUUCCCAGCCUAUAGCCUGAAAUCAUGGCCCAACCCCAGUGCAUCGACGUUGACCACUUGCAUCCAAGGCAUGAUGGUGCCCAGAGCUGACACCGUAAGCACUGAUUUGAUCAGUUGUGCUUGCAGACCUAGACAUUUUUUCUCUAUUUAACCUUUAACUGUUGAUUUUAUUUUUCACAAUCUGAGGUGUUCUAUGGAUUCAAGGAUGUAUAGGUAAUUUGUAUUAGCGAUCAAUCAUCACCAAUCUCUGGUUUAAUUAGUUGUACUUGUAUAUCAAGCCAAUAUUUGUUCUGUGUAAGCUAACUGUUCUUAUUUUCUAUAAUUCAAGGGGCCUAUGAGUUCAA